AUGGAGUCCAACCAGCAGCAGCAGCAAGAUCACCAGGACCUGCCCCGGCGACGUCAACAGCGCAAGGCCUGCGAUGUAUGCCGUCGUCGCAAGGUCCGAUGCGACAUUGUGCUACGUCCCGAAGGCCCCUGCUCCGUCUGUGAAAAGUCAGGCUUGGAGUGUCGUUCAACGGCGAAAUGGGCAACACCCCGUCGUGGAUCUACUGCUCCAAGACGUACUCGCGAAGGCAGCUCUCCCCGGGCAUCUCUGCCGGAACCGGAACUCGGAGCCGAUGAAUCCACAGACAAUCAUCUCUCGCUUCUCGGACCCGGGGGUCCCUCGCCGACACAAGGCAAGAAUUCUGAGGAUGCAGCCAAUUCCAAUGGUCAGGAGCAGCUUGCCCGUGAGGGUCUUGCGCGCUUCUUCAAACACGGCAUUGGCGCUGCCGCCUGGGCUGUCUUUGCCUCCACAAAGAGCUUCCGCAUAGCAUAUGUGGGUACAGCAGUGUCCAACCUCGUCCACCUGGUAGAUCUACACCGUUCAUUCCGUCAACCAUAUUCUUCAAUCCGCGGAGGCGGAAAUCGACCACUCUCAGAAAACACCGGGCCUGAAACGAAUACCUCACUCGAAGGACCGCCCCAAGAGGGAAGCUCUGCCAGUGACCAGUGGGGUGGUGGAAAACCUCUUCACUAUCCAUAUCCCCCGAUCCGACAGAUCAAGUCAUGGAAGCCCUCAGCGGAUAUCUGGGGGACGACAACGCAAGAUCUGGCAACCGAGGUGGCAUCCUUUCCCGCACAACAGGUCCGAGAUGCUCUUGUGUUGGCCUACUUUGAACACAUCCACCCUUUUCUUCCCAUCGUCUCGAUGCCCGAGUUCAUAGCCAGCUACCGCACACCAGACAAGCCUCCACCGUUGCUACUCUUCCAGGCCGUUCUCAUGGCUGGAGCACAUGCAUGCUCUCAUCCGCUUGUGGCCAAUCAUCGCCAUGCAGUCAAACAUAUUCUGUUCCGACGCGCCAGUAUGCUAUACCACAUGAGGCACGAAACGGAUAGAAUACAUCUUCUACAAGCCGCCGCCCUAUUCACUUGGCACGUCGGAGAUGGAGACACUGUUGCUGGCGGACCAUGGUACUGGUCAGGCAUCGCGGUGCGCAUUGGAUGCGGUCUUGGUGCUCAUCGACGGAGUUCCCAGCUUCCGGCUAUAGAAAUGUCGCAGUUUAGACGGUGUUGGUGGUCGGUAUUUGUAUGCGAGGUCUUUUCAGCACUGGAGACUGGAAGACCGUGUGCAGUUCGAGCCGAGGAUAUAGAUCAGCAGCCUCUUUGCGACGACGAUAUAACCGACACUCCGGGUACGGCCAUGUCGUCGACUGAUCCCCCCGAGGUCCGCCCUGAUUUUCUCAACCGCCUUGUUGAGUUGGCUUAUAUCGGUCUCGACAUCAUCUCUCUCAAUUCACCUUCAAAAGACCGUCACAUAGACGUCAACUCGAUCGACGCCAGGCUUGGCCUUUGGUCUCUGCACUCUGGUAUCUCUUCAGUUGCCGACGACGAUGACGCCUGGGCCUGUCAUCUCCGCAUGCACUAUAACCUCAUUCUCUUACACCUUCACCGAAACCUAUACGAGCCAAGCAGCCAGUCCAUCUGUUCAGCUGCUGCCCAAGCCAUCGUCACGUCUCUGGAACAGCUGAGUUCCCGCGACGAGCUCCGCCAAUGUCACUUCACUGCCGUGGGGGCCGUAACAGCAGCAGGCAUACAAUUUGCAGCCGAGAUCCGUGCAGCGGUCGCUUCGCAAACCUUUUUAGUCGCCAUCAAUGCCCUGGAAAGAUUAGCUCGGUUACUCAGGUCGGCCAUGCUCCUGGCACAAUACUGGCCGAAUGCAGAAGCCGUGCAUAGCGUGUUUGAGGAACUUCACCGCGAAUAUCAGACGCUUGUGACUCAACAUCUGCAGGGCGAGCAGGUCAUGGUUCCAGAGAGUCCGCCGGAUUGGAAUAGGUUGCUAGGAGGCGAAGGACUGCAGCCGUUUACAAACUUUGCUUCGGAUCAGGACUGGAUGAAUAUCAGCAGCUGGGCAGACUUAUUGUAG